UGUUACAGUUAUAUAGAUAUUAUAAUUAAGUCAAUAUGAAGAAGAGGGAGCAUAUUAAAAUAGUACUUUUAGGAGACAAAAUGACUGGAAAAACAUCUUUAAGAAAACGUUAUUUCUCAGGACACUUCAACGAAACGGAAUUAGCAACUAUCGGUGCAGGUUUCGAUUCGAGAGUUUUUACUCUACAAGAUAAAGAAUAUGAAAUGGAAGUUUGGGAUACAUCUGGAGAAGAAAAAUAUCAAUCCAUCUGCAGAAUGUAUUAUCGAAAUGCGGCUGUUGCCAUAUUAUGCUACGACGUCACUAUUUACAGCACAUUUCAAAAACUUAAUUAUUGGAUAGGUGAAUUAUACAAAAUUCAAGAAUCAUGUAAAAUUUAUGUAUGUGCAACGAAACUCGAUUUGCUGGAUCAAUAUGAAGCGAAUCCGCAAAUUAAUUUUGUCGAAAGUUAUGCCCGCGAAAAUGGCGUUAAGUUCUUCUUGACAUCCAGUAAAACUGGAGAAAAUGUUGUUAGUUUAUUCGAUGAGAUCUUGGAUGACUACAUUAGCAAUUCACAAAAUACACCGAGUUGUACCGAUACAAUAAAACUCCCCACCAACAAAAGACGCUGGAUGAAACAGAAUAAAAAAUGCUGUUAAAAUCAUCGAUUAAUCUCUGCAUAAAUAAUAUAC